CUCCUCAUUUGCUGAUGCUCGGAUCAAUCGUACGCAAUCUCGACGGCGGAUCUGUACCGUAGAGCAUUCACGGCAAAGCGGUGGACCCUGCUUGAGCCGGGCUCCGGGUCAGAUAGAGCGCCUCGCAGCUCGCGGGCAGGCAGUUGCGUCGUCCUCCUCUGUGUCUGCCAGGCCGGACCGAAUCCUGGAGCAUUUGGCUCCCGGAGUACCGAAUCGUCACUAAAUGCAGACUGCCCGUCCAGACGACCCUUGUCCGUCUACUCGCACUGAUCGUCUUUGCUAUCCCCCUUUUCCAUCGGCACCACCAUCGCUAAAAUCUCCCAACCUCUCACCUCACCUGCUCGCCGGCCAGAUUGAGCCAAAUCGAGGACGCACCGUCGACGGCUGCUUCCGCCUUCUCUCCGCUCUGAGGUCGGCCCCACACUUUCAGGCGGCCUGUGGAGCUCGAAGCUCAACGUUCAUCCCAACACUCAACUCACGGGCCAUCACUACCUUUUCACCCUUUCGAAUCGGCCAGACGCCAUCGUCAAGACGACUCCGACAGCACUCGCAGCGCGAUCUUCGUCGCAGCUGCUGCUCAGCACUAGCGCGAGGACUUUGUCGUCGCCGCCAGUCGUGCAUACAAGGUGGUUCGCGUCCUCGUCCGCAUCCUUUAGCGGUUGGAGCAUCCACGGCUUCGCCCGACGCUCACUGCGACGAGACGUAGCUUCAUCGCUGUUACCGGUCUUCCGGCCCUUCUCCACCUCCUCACACUCCCCGAGUAGUCUCUCCCGCGUGACCGGCUACAAAGCCUGGAAGCCAAUGGCAGGCGACAAGAAGCAUCGCUUGGCGAUCAUUGGGAGCGGCAACUGGGGCAGCGCCAUCGCCAGGAUUGCAGGCGGCAAUGUCUCCAAGUU